GUUGUAUGUAUACUUCCGGUUUGUUUAGUGGGCCAAUAGUUAUUUUUAUGUUACACAAUUUCAGUUAAAUUAUAUUUCGACCCAGUAGUAUGGAUAAUGUAACUGAUGUCACUGUGUCUCCAUGCAGCGAUUCAGCAUAUAUCAAACCGCUCAGAGUCUUUUACAAACAGAAUGGUGUUUCUAAAACUUGGGAUGCAGUGAAGUCACACGACAGUGUCUGCAUUUUGCUUUUCAAUAAAUCAACAGAAUCAUUUGUGUUUGUGAAGCAGUUCAGGCCAGCAAUCUACAUUCAAAAAUCAGAGCUACAGAAACAUGAGGACCAUUGGAAAAUAGACACAGGCAAAUAUCCUGGGGAGCUGGGUAUUACAUAUGAACUAUGUGCUGGAAUAGUUGACAAGGAUAAAAACCUGGAUGUCAUUGCACAAGAGGAAAUAUUGGAGGAAUGUGGGUUCCAGGUUCCAUUAGAGAAACUGCAAAGAAUAACCUCAUAUAGGUCAGGGGUUGGGACCAAUGGAGCAUUACAGACAAUUUUCUAUGCAGAGGUGACAGGUGAAAUGCGUGUGACAGAGGGUGGAGGCAAUCACCACGAAGGGGAAUUAAUCGAUGUCGUGGAAGUACCAGUCAAGGAAAGCAGACGCCUCAUUUUAGAUGAUGAAAAUGUCACAAAGCCAGUUGGUCUCAUGUUUGCUUUGUUGUGGUUUUAUGAAAAUAAGCAUGGGGCUUGUUCCACAUGACACAGUGCACAAGUAAUUUAGUACUACCUCCUGAAACUUGAUGAAAAUGAGCAAUAAAAUAUUUGUAGAUCUAAUAUAAUUUAUUUAGCAUCAUACAGAGUACCAAAAUGUUCUACUACAUGUACUUUCCUUACAGAGUUCCACAAUUCUGCCCUUAUUUGUAAAAUUGUCAUUAAUUAAAAAAUUGUUUUUCAUCUUUUAUGGCAUCGUGAGUUGCUAAAAAUCUGCUUUUCACUAUGGAGAAAAGUCAGUGAUGGUAAUGAUUUUUGAGGUACUCAUAUGUAAACUUUUGUAGACAAUCUAAAAAUCCGGAAGCUAAUUGUCACUGACACUUUUAAUCAUUCCACAGUUUCUAUUUUCGUGUAUGUUUAUCGGUUGUUUUUAAUACGAAACUUGGCAAUGAAAAUAAGAAAUAUAUUGUCAAUAAAUGGCAUUAAAUCGGA